AUGGAUACGGUGCGCUUGUUUCUUGGUGUUGCGGCUGCUCGUGAUUGGCAUGUACAUCAAAUGGAUGUACAUAAUGUCUUCUUACACGGUGAGUUGACAGAGGAGGUUUACAUGAAAUUACCUCACGGUUUUCAUUGUGAUGAUCCGACUAAGAUUAUUCCCUUUUCAGCUAUAGAAACAAUGGGACAUAUGGUUCAUGUUCUCAUUUAUGUUGAUGAUUUGAUUAUCUCCGGGAUUGAAGUGGCAAGAAAUGAUCAAGGUUUCUAUUUAUCACAAAGGAAGUAUGUUCUUGAUAUUAUUUCAGAGAUGGGACUUCUUGGCACUAAGCCGUCUCCUUUUCCCAUGGAACAAAAUCACAGGCUGCCAUUGUCCAAGUCCCCUUUGCUUACCAAUCCUGAGAGGUAUCGUCGCUUAGUUGGCAGAUUAAUCUACUUGGCUGUCACAAGACCUGAAUUGUCAUACUCUGUUCAUACAUUAGCACAGUUCAUGCAAUGUCCACGUCACGAUCAUUGGGAUGCUGCGGUAAGAGUGGUUCAAUUCUUGAAAUCUAAUCCGGGUCAAGGCAUUCUGCUUUCCAACAUCUCCGAUUUGCAGCUUAAUGGUUGGUGUGAUAGUGACUACGCUACAUGUCCUCUAACUCGGCGCUCUCUUACGGGUUAUUUUGUCCAGCUCGGUGAUACACCAAUCUCAUGGAAAACAAAGAAACAACCUACUGUCAGCCGAAGCUGA